AAAAGUAAUGGGAAAUACAUGUUAUUGUCUAGAGGUGGAAAAAUAAGAAAUAAAAACAUAAAUUAAUAAUCCAGAUGAAAAAAUAGAUGAUAAAUAAAAAGAAGAUUUUAAUCCAAAUUAAAAAGAACUUCAAUUAUAUGAUGAGCCUUUUCAUGCUCCACUUGUAACACCUAGUAAAGCGUAAUCAGGAUCAUCAAGAUAUUUUGAGCAUGAAAAGAAAUAAAUAGUGUUAUAGGGAUGUGAAAACUAGAAUAACCAAGUAUUUGAUAAAAGUUAACAUAAAUAUGAAUUUGAAAAUGGGGCCAUAUACGAUGGCGAAUGGGUAAAAAAUAAUUAUUAAGAUAAGAUUGGUGAUAUAAGAGAAGGGUUUGGAGAAUAGAUUUGGAAAGAUGGAGCAAAAUAUGUAGGAUAAUGGAAAAAUAAUAAAGCUGAUGGUUAAGGUACAUUUUAUCAUGUUGAUGGAGAUAUAUGUACAUAUUGAAUUUAUUGUCAGAUGAAGGAGAAUGGAAAGAUGAUAAAGCCCAUGGAAAAGGGAAAUAUAUUCAUUUAAAUGGAGCUUAAUAUGAAGGAGAUUGGUUUGAGGAUUAAUAACAUGGAAAAGGAGUAGAAACUUGGACUGAUGGAAGUAAAUAUGAAGGAGAAUAUAUAAAUGGAUAAAAGGAAGGUUUUGGGAAAUAUUAAUGGCCAGAUGGAAGUAGUUAUGAAGGAUAAUGGGUAUAUAAUAAAAUAAAUGGAUUUGGAAAAUAUGUUUGGGCAGAUGGAAGAAGUUUUGAGGGUUAAUGGUUAGCUAAUUAAAUGCAUGGAUAAGGAAAAUAUAAAUGGCCUGAUGGAAGAGUAUAUGAAGGAGAUUAUGUUUAUGAUAAAAAACAUGGUUAUGGAACUUAUCUUUGGAAUGAUGGCAAAAAGUAUGUUGGAAAUUGGAUGGAAGGAAAAUAACAUGGGAAAGGUUAAUUGAUUUUUGCAGAUGGUUAAAUAGUUGAAGGAGAAUGGCAUGAAGGCAAAAGAAUUAAAUGAAAAUUAAAUUCACUAUU